AUAUCGGCGUAUCUGUCUGUGACCGUGUACAUAGAAGACGUGAACGACAACGUCCCGGUGUUCCUCGACACGCCGUAUCAUAUCACUGUGGAUGAGCUGACGCCUACUGGUUUGACAAUCUUCAGAGGCAUCCGGGCAUUCGAUCGGGAUAAGCCAAACACUCCCAACUCAGAUGUCCAGUACAGCAUCAUAUCAGGAGAUGAAGAGGGGCAUUUCGCGCUGGAAAGUUCCCACAAACCAGCUCUGCUGUUAAGGAAGCCGCUGGACUAUGACGAUGGGGAUAAAGAGUUUAGGCUUGGGAUUAUGGCUUCGGACCGCGGCUCUCCACCACGUAGCUCCAACACCACCGUCCACAUCGUAGUUCAAGACAACGAUGACUUGCCACCGAAGUUCACUCUAGAUGUUUACAGGACACAAAUACCGGAGUUUUAUCCCUUGCUGGGGAAACGUAUUCAUAGGGAGUUGCUAUUUCCGGAGCCAAUUCGAGCAUUUGACCAGGACAUAGGCGUACAGGCUGCAGUACGGUACGAGCUUUUAUCAGGGAACGAAAGAAGACUCUUUGCUUUAGAUUCUCAUAAUGGAUCUUUAUUUAUGGAGAAAGACAUAGAUCUUGAAGCCGAGACCGGAUUACCGGGAAACACGUUCGUACUACAAAUUCAAGCAUCACAAGUGGACAAUCCGUUGAAGGCUGCUCAAGCGAGGGUUGAGAUAGAAAUACUAGACCUUAACGACAACCUGCCCGAAUUUGAAGUGGACUUUUACAACAUCAGCAUAGUGGAGAAUCUGCCAAAUGACAAACUUGGUCCUAAAAAAGAAAACAUAGAAUAUCUUGAAGAUGAACUCAUGUCUUAUGUUAAAGUCGAAGUAACGUUACUAGAUGCCAAUGACAACAAUCCAACAUUCGUGCCGAGUAACUUAUACGAAUUUACAAUAAAAUCAAAUGCUAAGGUUGGGUCUUUUAUUGGUAAAGUGAAGGCUGUUGAUCCUGAUUUGGGGAGGAAUGGUAUGGUGCUGUAUGAUUUACAAAGAACUAGUAAUUUAACAAUUACGUCGCCUUUCCAAGUAGACGCUGAGAGUGGCACUGUCAGUGUGGCUGAAUCACCAAUUGUUGAAGGGAGACAUGCGCUAUUUGUAGAAGCUUCGGAUCAACCAGCUAAUCCUAGUGAAAGGAGAUAUUCUUUGGCAGUUGUCACAAUUGAUGUAACAAACCAGACAGACCUGACUUCAUUGGAGCUCCAUACGAGUUCUGGGUUGGGUCAAAUGUUGUGCAUUGGUACUAGCGUUGGUCAAAUUCGUGUCAGUGAUGCACUCGAUAGAAGUGAGAUAUCAUAUGACUUGCUACAUGGAUAUGAAGAAGGAGUACCGUUCGCAGUAGAAGAGAGAUCUGGAGUGAUCACUGUAAUCGACGAGCUCAGUAAGUACGACCGGCCGAUGUACGACUUCGAAGCUGUCGCUAUGAGGGAAAACACCAACAUCACAGUCACUACAAACGCCACUGUCCAUGUUGUAGAUGUUAAUGAUGAGAGAGGAGUUCUGUUGAGAGGAGCUCAUUCUCCAAUAGUAUUCCAUGUUAAAGAAAAUAUAGCAGGAGCGACUGUAGGACAAAUAUUCCAACUAAACAUAAGUUCUAUAUCAAACAACAGUUCCAGUAAUAUCAGAUUUUUAAUAGCCAACCAGCAGGACGUGACGGAUGAUAUUGCUAUAGGCCAAGACGGUACGAUCUAUGCAAAACCUUUAGACAGAGAAACUAGAGACACAUAUAGAAUGACAGUAAUAGCGGAAUUCAACAAGGGUGCCAUAUCCGGCGCUGGCAUUUACCAAGUUACAAUUUAUGUUGAUGAUGAUAAUGAUAACCCGCCAGUAUUCGACUCCACUGCGUAUGAAGGAUUUAUUAAAGAAAACUCGAAAAGAGGGACACAAGUUGAUAUGACAAAUAAAAUAAUAGCUAAAGAUGCAGAUGAAGGACAAAACGCUUUAUUUGCAUAUACAAUAAUUGGAGAAGGUCGAGAAUUAUUUGAAGUAGAUGAGAAUACUGGUGUUGUUACGUUUGUUGGCGAUAAUUUAGAUCGAGAAGAAAAAAGUACAUACGUACUUAAAAUAGUAGCUAGAGAUAGAGGAGGUUUGAGUUCUGAAGCACAACUUACUAUAACUAUAGUCGAUGAAAAUGAUAACGUGCCGAAAUUUAAUGAAAUCAUUAUUCCUCUGGGUGAAAAUGUAGAAUUAAUUGAAGCCGAUGAAAACAAUUAUGUGAAAAUAUACCACGAGAAAAAUCCGAAUGAGACAUCUGGUGAAGCUAAAGCUAAAGCUUUACCCAAAAAUAAGUUUGCUUUAGACGUGGAAAAUCUAGGUCCAUUAUUUAUGGUUCCCGAAAAUGUUGCCAUAGGAUCUACUAUAUUGAAACUUAACGCUAUUGAUAAAGAUAGUGGUGUGAAUGGCCAGCUAAGAUACGAUUUUGUAUCUGAAGUUUACACCCCACCAAACGCUUUGCCAUCAAAUGCUGUUUUAGAAAAGAAAUACUUUGUAAUAAAUGAAAGACACGGUAAUGUGAUUGUAGCAAGGUCAUUGCCCCCAGAAUCGGAGUUUAGACUUAAUAUAACGGUUUUAGAUGGAGGAGAUCUAAGUGAUAAUAUAUCGAUACGAGUUUACGUAAAAGAUGUUAACGAUCACUUCCCUAUGUUCAAAAAAUCAUGGUAUAAUUUCAAUGUCGAGGAGGCACAGUAUACCAGAAGAGUUCUAGGAAAGGUCGAUGCCACAGACGCUGAUUUUGGUCAAAACGCAAAUUUAACUUACUUUUUGCAACCCACUAGUGAAGAUUUGCCUUUCGAGAUAUCUCCUUUAAGUGGAGUCCUUAGUGUUAACGGAGAAUUAGAUAGAGAAAAGGAGGAUAAAUAUAUUUUUACCGUCGUGGCCAGAGAUAAUGGUCAAGAGAAGAAAUUGUCAUCUUCUGUCAGCGUAGAAGUUCAGGUCUUAGACAUAAACGACAAUGCUCCAAAAUUUGGUUUUGAUGAAAUUCUCGAAUGGAAACAUCCAGAAGCUGAUGAGCUAUCCAAUCACAACUUUGAAUCAGUCAUGAUGAUACCGGUAUAUAAAGCAACUUUGGAAGAAAAUGCGCCAAUUGGCACGACUGUUACUAGAGUAUACGCAAACGAUUCUGACCUUGUUGGUAAUGGCAAUGGAUUGAUUUUAUACAGUCUUCCUCAAAGGAAAAACCAAAUAAAUCUUUUCGCUAUUGACUCUAAGGAGGGUAUAAUCACUACUACCGGACGUUUAGAUUAUGAAACUCAGACAGUACACAAUGUUACAAUAGUAGCAUCAGAUUUAGGAUCACCCAGUUUGAGCUCAACAGCUAUAUUAAUGUUGACAGUCACUGAUGUGCCAGAUGAACAAGAAGUUUCUGACAAACCAGUAUUCAUAUCCCGGUACUACGAAUUGGAGAUUGAAGAAAACGUCAAUACACCUGUAGAACUAGUAACAUUGAAUUUGACAGAAUAUUACGAGAAUUUCAAAAUGAAAUAUUACAUAUUCAAUGAUAAUGAUCCUGACAUAAAAAGAACGUUUGUAAUAGAUCCGAGAAACGGUACGUUAUAUUUAGUAAGAAGCCCAGAUAGGGAGGUGAGGGACGUGUAUGAAGUCGUAGUACGUGCUGAGCGGCAAAAGAUUAGCCGCGAACUUCCCCAUAUGAUAUAUCCGGUAGCUGAUGAUGUUUUGGAAGGAAUGACGAAGUAUGACGUCAAGAUCAUUGUAAGGAUUAAGGAUAUAAAUGACAAUGCGCCCAAAUUCACAAAUGGCAAUCGUCCGUUAGUGACUGCUAUACCCACCACUGCGCCAUUUGGGUAUCAAGUUAUGCAUGCCACAGACGCAGACAUUGGUAUCAACGCAGACAUCCGCUAUCAGAUUAUCAACGAGCAAGCUCCACGUUUUGCUAUAGACCCGGUGUCAGGGCAGGUGAGAGUGGUGUCGGCGCUAGCCAGAGACGCUGGGAGAGUUUUCGGAUUUGAUGUUAAAGCGACAGAUAAAAAAGGCGCUGAUGACGGCAAAUCAGCUAUUGCGAAUGUUUUUGUUUAUGUACUAGACGAAAACAAGCAACUGGUUCUAGUUGUGGGAGCGAAACCAAUGGAAGUUGAAAGGGAAAUAGAAAAUAUCACUCGUUCGCUUUCUGGUAUGACUGGGUUCGACAUCAGGGUGAGAAGACUGGAGGCUAACACAAAAGCUACCAUGGAUGGUCAAGCAACUGAUAUGUACAUAUAUGCAGUGGAUCCUCUAUCGAACGCUAUUAUUGAUAUGGAUGAGUUGCAAAGAUCGUUAUUGAAACGAGAGGCAGACCUCAGGCACGAUCUCGCCGGAUUCGAGUUUUGGAAGUUGGAGACACUACCAUGGUCCAAGCCAGAAGUGGAAACAGAAUGCUGA